UCGAGCCACGCGUUUGGGUUUUUGUUUUAGCUGCCCAGAGGCGCUUUGGGUAUGGAAGCCAUUUCUCCACCGCGCUUUGGAGUUUGAGUUGACAGAAUUAUUGAGCGCAGAAUAGUCUCAGGGCAACUGGAUAUAACUCAUACACACGAACUUUUACAACUUUUUUCCCAGUAUUUUUUUAACCUCCGGUCUUGCGACUGAACUUUUUCCCCUCGGGCGCGCGCAGCUUUUUGUGUGUGUGUGGUCCGUGUUUACGGAACCGAGAAUGAAGAAUUAGGCUCGUGCGCAGAAAGCGCGCUCCUGUGCGCGUGCUCGGGAGUCGGUUCGGCUGCCCAGGUCCGGGCUGUAGAGAGUGCGCGCGCGCGCGCAGGCCGGGGGAUCCCGCCACGAUGGGAUGUGGACUACGGAAGCUGGAGGAGCCUGAGGACAGCAGCCCGGGCAAAAUAUACUCCACCCUGAGGAGACCGCAAGUGGAGACCAAAACCGACACUGUGUACGAGUACGUGCUGCUGGACUUCAGCUUAGAAGGUAGUCGACCCACUGUGCAGUACCUGUCCUCUUUGUGCGAGCUGCCUCAGGCCCUCCAGCCAUACUACACUCAGGGCUACGUGCUGGCCGCCUUGCAUCCCAUCAUCCUCUCCGUUGGCCGCACACGCGCCCUGCCCUGCAGCCUGCUCUACCGUGCCAUCCUGACCAGGCAACGGCCCAGUAAGCACGCUUUGACCAGGGUACACAGUGCGCCAUUGCUGAGGGUUGAGGAGUGGCCACUGCCUGGAGAGUCCCUGACCAGCGACACUGUGAGAGCACUUGUAGACCGGGUUAACAGCAAUGCUCGGGGAGGCGUGCGCUUCGUUGGCUCUGUGCUCCAACAGGCAGGAGGAGCGAGGUGUAAUGGAAGUGUGGCGAGUCCCAGACGGAGCUAUCGCUCCCCACCACACACUCCACCAGGAGACAGAAACAUGGAAGAAAAUAGAUAUAGUCCAGUUGCAGAUUUAAGGUUGCUGGUGCUGUUUCACACCUGGGCUCCAGGCUGUGCUCCGCUGCUGGACCCGCUAGCCUCCUGCUACCACCAAGGAGCGCUCUCGAUGCGCGUGUCCAGAAAAGGCCAAGUUGUCAGUGGUCUGGAAGCGGAUUGGCUCGAGCUGACGGCAGCUUACUAUCGCAAAGGCUGGUCAUUAGUGGACUCUUUUGUGUACUGGGAUACACCGAAAGGUGAUCCAGUGCCCAGAUCUUUAGAGGGGUUGUUUGUGUACGAGGAGAGAAGCCCGGCACCUCCUGCCAAUGACACCAUCGUUGUUGAACAGUGGACUGUUAUUGAGGGCUCUGAUGUGAAGACAGAUUACGGGCCACUCCUUCACACUCUGGCUGAGUUUGGUUGGUUACUCACGUGUGUGCUGCCCACGCCCAUCAUUCGCCAUGACAGUGAGGGAAAUCUUGCCACUAAACAAGUGGUGUUCCUGCAGAGACCUGUUAAAUCAUCCUUGAUCCGACACAACAGCCAGGGUGACUGUACUCCGAGAGAAAAGGUCAGUUUGAAUCGAACGACGGGAUCGACUCACUCAGAGGAGCUUUCCCCCAGUUCACUGGGCUCUGGGGCAUUCCCUUUGUUUGGAGCGAGUUAUCCUAGUGCCCUGUCCCAGCUGGAGGACGGGGGCUUUGAGCAAGACGACGGGGCAGCUGAGGUCACCUGUAUGUGACCGGGCCACACAACAGUUUUAAUAAGAAACUGGAUUUAAAAUGCUCAGCUCUGUGCUAUAGGAGAACUGAUGAUAUUAUUUUAAUCAUUAACAUCUUGCGCACUAAGUUCCCAUAUCCCUCAUAUUCUUACAUAGAUAAACAUUUAGCACUUUGAUAUUUUUAUAAAGCCAUAAUUUCCUUACGGGGUGGAUUUUAUCUUAUUUUAGUGUCUAUUCGAGCAAGGCAUGGCAGAUCUCCAAGUUGACCAGCUGCACAGCACACAUCCAUCACACUACUUUGUUAUUCUGUAAAGGCUUGUAGCACACAUCUGCACCAUCACACUCUUUCCCUGUUCGUUUUUUAAAGCAUUUGUACAAUUCCAUGGUGAUUUCCCUGUUCUUCUUUUUUGUUUUUCAAUAAUUACACGCCAGUCAGCAUUGCUUGUCCACCAGCAAAGACACAAAGCUACAUGCUGACCGGGUCACUGAGUCUUAUCUUAGCGGCUUUGCUGCAGGAUAGAAAUGUUGAUUUUGUGUAAUUCCAACUUGCUUUUUAUGGUACUGAGGAUGUCAACAGCAAGCUGUCAGUCAGCAAAAGCACCAUCCUCUUCUUGAUUUAAAGGCUUAUUUUUUGAAUAGGGCCAAAAAGAAAGUAAUUUUUUAUUUCAUAUGCAUUUUCAUUCACCUCAUUUGGACGUGGGAGAAAAAAAUUGUCUGCAUGUUCUGAUCUCAAGUGGUGCUAUAAAAGGUUGUUUUUCGUUUAAAGUUCAAAAAGGAAAAGGUCACGUAAGUUGUAGUUCUCACAUAAGGGUUUUAGUUAAAGACCAGUGUGAGAACUAACUACACACUUGUUCACUUUAGCAUUACACGUUUUAAGUAUUAUGUUUUUGGCUGGAUCAGAGUGAGAGUGAUCAGAGUCUGUGGGAGUUAUAACUUAACUUUUUACAGCAUUGCUACUUAGAAUGGUGACACCAAUGAUUAAAUGUAAUCACAUUUAAGAAGA